ACAACUUGUUACAAGGGAAGUGUUCACGUCGCAGUGCGUCGUGAAUUUGUCGAUUACGCAUUGAACAAUCCAAAAAGCAAAGAGCUUUAUCAAUCACUGCUACAGUACGAGAAAAAACAGAACGAGAGAAUUGUUUCCGACGAGACAUUUUUUGCCACUUUGAAUCACAACCCGGAUAUCUAUCCCAUCCCCGGUGCUUUCACCGGGAUCCACGAAGAUCGUGUGGCUUUUUUGUUGACCAGGGCGAAAAUUUGGGCUACCUCGCAUCAACUGUGUGUCGGUGGGCACUGGCAACGUUCGAUUUGUAUUUUCGGAAUGGCCGAGUUACCGUACCUGCUCCGUCAACCACACUUCUUCGCGAACAAAUUUCUGUCGAAUGUCGAACCGCUGGCGUACGAGCUAUUGGAAAUGUGGUUAGCCGCAAAAGUUUUGAACGAAACUACACAUAAUCGAUUGGCCGAUUCAUUCAACAGCACAUUCUAUCGUCUGUCUCCCUAUGCUACACAACAUUUGUGA